AUGUGUUCAAACUAUUAUAGAAACUCAUGUGGUAGCUGUGGCUAUGGCUGUGGAUACGGCUCUGGAUAUGGCUGUGGCUACGGCUCUGGAUAUGGCUGUGGCUAUGGCUCUGGAUAUGGCUGUGGCUACGGCUCUGGAUAUGGCUGUGGAUAUGGCUCUGGAUAUGGCUGUGGCUACGGCUCUGGAUAUGGCUGUGGNUACGGUUCUGGAUAUGGCUGUGGAUGUGGCUCUGGCUAUGGCGGUGGAUAUAGCUGUGGUUACAAGUCUGGCUCUGGCGCUGCCUGCUGUGGAUGCAGGCCAUUCUACAGAAGAUGUUUUUCAUCUUGCUGCUAG